AAAGCGCACUUGGUUCCUUAUUAGGCGAAGAUACAAUAUUUAUUCCGUGUCUCCAGGGAUGAGGCUGCUCUCUCUAUUGUCCUCCCUUUCCUCAAUGCUGAUGCUUAAUUUUCAAAACUUCUAUAUUACCAAGGGACCUACGACAUCAGCCGGAGAAAUACCCAGCAAGUACAAAAUCCGAGCCAGGGAGCGCUUUGUGCAGAGGGGAGGCAUUUCAGCCGCUUUUACCGACUGCGCGAUUUCAUUUUCACGCGCUAUUUUGGGGAUUUUUUUUUUCUUUCAUUCGUCCAACAGCGCGAGGAAAUCGGGUUAUUGGAUCGCGAGAAUGUCAGCCACAUUUCCGGGACUGGUGCACGAUGCGGAGAUACGUCACGACGGAUCAAACAGCUACCGUUUGAUGCAACUCGGAUGCUUGGAAUCUGUGGCCAACUCGUCUGUCGCUUACUCUUCAUCGUCUCCGCUUACAUACCCAGCUACCGGAACCGAAUUUGCCUCCCCGUAUUUUCCGACGAACCACCAGUACACGCCCUUACACCACCAGUCCUUCCACUACGAGUUCCAGCACAGCCACCCGUCCGUGAACCCGGAUGCGUACUCGUUAAACUCUCUCCAUCACUCGCAGCAGUAUUACCAGCAGCUCCAUCACGGCGAGCCGGCGGACUUCAUCAACCUUCACAACGCCCGGGCGCUCAAGUCCUCUUGCCUGGACGAGCAGCGGCGGGAACUGGGCUGCCUGGACGCGUACCGCAGGCAUGACCUGUCAAUCAUGAGCCACGGCUCUCAGUAUGGCAUGCACCCCGAGCAAAGACUGCUGCCCGGGGCGGGUCUGGGGCUGCCGCCAUCGGGGGCCGAUGACCUACAGGGAUCUGUAGACGCGCAGUGCGGACUCGGGUUAAAUGGACAAGGUGGAGUGAUUCGGAGAGGUGGCACGUGUGUAGUGAACCCUACAGACCUGUUCUGCUCUGUACCAGGAAGACUUUCUCUACUCAGCUCUACCUCAAAGUACAAAGUCACCAUCGCUGAAGUCAAACGCCGCCUGUCUCCUCCAGAGUGUCUCAAUGCUUCACUACUCGGUGGGAUUUUAAGAAGGGCCAAGUCAAAGAACGGCGGUCGGUGCCUCAGGGAGAAACUGGACAGGUUGGGACUCAAUCUCCCAGCAGGCCGCAGGAAAGCAGCAAACGUCACACUGUUGACCUCUUUAGUGGAAGGGGAAGCGCUACAUCUGGCUCGGGAUUUUGGUUACACCUGUGAGACAGAGUUUCCCACCAAAGCGGUCGGGGAGCAUCUCGCCCGCCAGCAUACAGAACCAAAGGAACAGAACGCGCGCAAGAAAAUGGUGCUGGCCACCAAGCAGAUCUGUAAGGAAUUUCAGGAUUUGUUAAGUCAGGAUCGAUCUCCACUUGGUUCCUCUAGACCAACACCUAUUCUGGACUUGGACAUUCAGAGACAUCUAACACACUUCAGUCUGAUCACGCAUGGAUUCGGUACGCCGGCAAUUUGCGCGGCUCUUAGCACCUUUCAAACGAUUCUCAGCGAAAUGCUUAAUUACCUGGAGAAACACUCAGCCAAUAAGAACACGGGAACACCGGACACCAACCAGAUCAACUCCAACUCUGACAAAACACUACGCAAAACCACCGAGUCACAGAUGAAAGACGGUAAAAUCGAGAAAACGGAAUGACUCUGACACAGGAGUGGCCGCUUUCCCACUUCCUGAUCCGAGCCCUGAUGGGUGGGCCUCGUUCAGGGCGUGGCUACUGGGGGCGGGGUUACAGGGUUUUUAUUCCAUAUGGGUUUUAUUUAUAUAACUGGCAUAACUUCCUAUGACCUCAGCUUUCCCUGUACCAGAGUCUGUCUGUAUGUACCAACCAGUCACGUCAUUCUCACUGCCCGACGAACGCGAACCAUUUUCAUUGUUUUCUAAGUUAUCGAAGAAG